AUUAGAAUACUUUUCAAGAGUACAAGAGUUUGAUAUAAAUAAUAUUCAAAAUGCUUCAGUUACUCAAAAUUGUGUUAAUAAGCCAUUAAAUACAUUUACUUUAACCUUAAAGUCUUCGAAUAAGCAAAAAAUAAAUGAGUUUCAAACUAAAGAUCAAAGCAAUAAUG